GCCGCGGAGCAUGAUGGGGGAGUUGGAGCUUUCCAUCAUGGCGGCUUCCAUUUCGGGCUACACUUUCAGCGCUGUGUGUUUCCACAGCGCCAACAGCAACGCCGACCACGAAGGAUUUUUGCUGGGAGAGGUAAGGCAAGAGGAAACCUUCAGCAUCAGUGACUCCCAAAUCAGCAACACAGAAUUUCUGCAAGUAAUCGAAAUCCAUAACCAUCAGCCUUGUUCAAAACUUUUUAGGUAAGCCACAUCCUUCUUUGUAGCUUUUCAUCCUUACUAAAAGAUUAAUUGAUUGAAAACUAAUGAACUCAGACAUGUAUCUGAUUAUGGCUGUAGUGUUUUAAGUAUAACUGAGGGGGUCCAAGUUCACUGAUUUACUGGGUGCCAGAUGUGUGUGUAUAGCACUGUGUUAAGUUAGGAAAAGGGGAAGGGAGGGCAGAUAAAUCUUGGCCUCAGUGGUUUAAAAUGGAAGCCUUCCUGCCAGCCUUUCUGGCACGGACUCAUCAACCAUAUAGAAAGCAGUUCAUCACGGAUCACAUAGAGAUAAAAGCAUAUUGUAAGAGGGAUAAAAACUGUUCAGUGUACAACUUUAAAAUGUAAGGAAAGGGAACAUAAAGCUUAUUUUUUUGAGUUUAAUAUAUACCAGUUGCAUGUUAUGACCAACUAAAGGACAGA